CCGCCUUCUGCCUCCUUCCUUCCUUCCUUCCUUCCUUCUUUCCUUCCUUCCCGGCGGCUGAGGGUCCUCGAAAAGGAAGAGGACGACGACGAGAAGGAGAAGGAGGAUAAGGACCCAUCGCGGCCGCCAUGAGGAGGCCGUGCUGCCGGCUGCUGUUGCUGCUGGAUCUCUUCUUGGGCCUGGCCGGCGCCUUCUACCUGCCGGGCCUGGCCCCCGUCACCUUCUGCCAGCCCGAGGCCCGGGAAGCUCAGGCAGGACAGGCCGAGGCCGCAGGGUGCAAGUCACAAAUUGAGUUGUUUGUGAACCGCUUGGACUCAGUUGAAUCAGUUCUGCCAUAUGAAUAUGACGCUUUUGAUUUCUGUCAAGACGCAACAGAAAAAAGGCCUUCAGAAAACCUUGGACAAGUUUUGUUUGGCGAGAGAAUAGCUUCGUCACCCUACAAGUUUAUAUUUAACAAAGAGGAGAAAUGCAAGGCAGUUUGCAUCAAAUCUUACGAUCCAACAAAAGCGGAAGACAAGAAUAAGCUGAGUUUUUUGAAAAAGGGAAUGCAACUGAAUUAUCAGCAUCACUGGAUUAUUGAUAACAUGCCGGUGACCUGGUGUUAUGAUGUGGAAGAUGGGCAGAAAUAUUGCAAUCCAGGAUUUCCAAUUGGAUGCUUUGUGGCUUCGGAUGGCCGAGCAAAAGAUGCCUGCAUUAUUAGCUCAGAGUUCAACAAGAAGAAUACCUUCUACCUCUUCAACCAUGUUGAUAUCAUAAUCACGUAUCACAGUGGAAAGGAUGAGAACUGGCCCGGUGCCCGUCUGGUUACGGCUCGUCUGGAACCGAAAAGUUACAAACACACAGAUAUGAACAAGUUGACGUGUGAGGAAUCCCCAAUGGAAAUUCCUGCAGACUUCACCAGCAAGCUGGACCUGAUCUAUUCGUACUCCGUGAAAUUUGAAGAGAACAACAAUAUCAAGUGGGCCUCAAGGUGGGACUACAUCUUGGAAUCCAUGCCUCACACCAACAUUCAGUGGUUCAGCAUCAUGAACUCCCUUGUGAUUGUGCUCUUCCUGUCUGGGAUGGUGGCGAUGAUUCUCCUGAGGACGCUGCAUAAGGACAUUGCGAGAUACAACCAGAUUGACUCCUCGGAGGAUGCCCAGGAGGAGUUUGGGUGGAAGCUGGUCCACGGAGACGUCUUCCGCCCUCCUCGGAAGGGGAUGCUCCUCUCGGUGUUCUUGGGCCAAGGGACCCAGAUUUUCAUCAUGACGUUUAUCACUUUGUUCCUGGCCUGCCUCGGAUUCCUUUCGCCUGCCAACCGAGGGGCCUUGAUGACCUGUGCGGUUGUCCUUUGGGUCUUGCUGGGGACCCCAGCAGGCUAUGUGUCGGCGCGGAUGUACAAAACAUUUAGAGGUGAAAAAUGGAAGACAAACGUGUUACUGACCGCUCUCCUGUGCCCUGGAAUUGUCUUCGCUGACUUCUUCAUCAUGAACCUGAUCCUGUGGGUGAAAGGAUCCUCCGCCGCCAUCCCUUUCGGGACCCUGGUGGCCAUCUUGGCCAUGUGGUUUGGCAUAUCUGUCCCACUGACCUUUAUCGGGGCAUACUUUGGAUUUAAGGAAAAGCCCGUUGAGCACCCGGUACGCACAAACCAGAUCCCGCGGCAAAUCCCAGAGCAGUCCUUCUUCACGAAGCCCUUGCCGGGGAUCAUCAUGGGCGGCAUUCUGCCCUUUGGGUGCAUCUUCAUCCAGCUCUUUUUCAUUUUGAACAGCAUUUGGUCCCACCAGAUGUAUUACAUGUUCGGGUUCUUGUUCUUAGUCUUCAUCAUCCUUCUGAUCACAUGUUCGGAGGCGACGGUUUUGCUGUGCUAUUUCCAUCUGUGUGCCGAGGAUUACCACUGGUGGUGGAGAUCGUUCCUGACCAGCAGCUUCACUGCAGUGUAUCUCUUCAUCUACGCCAUUCAUUAUUUCUUCUCGAAGCUCCAGAUCACAGGCACCGCCAGCACCAUUUUAUACUUUGGGUACACCAUGAUCAUGGUCCUGAUUUUCUUCCUUUUCACAGGGACGAUCGGAUUCUUCGCUUGCUUCUGGUUUGUUAGCAAAAUAUACAGCGUUGUGAAAGUGGACUGAAGACUCUCCUUGUUGCUCAUGAACAUAUCUCCCUUCUGUCGCCGGAAGAUAUCUAUAUAUAUAUAUAUAUGAAUAUAUAUUUUUAAUCAUAAACCAAGGAUCAGCGUUACAUCUUGGUGGCAUAAGGCAGGCCUCAAAGGGAGCAGGGCCUGUGGAACGUGGACAGCGAAGAAGAAGAACUUGACUUGAAGUGCUUUUUGCAAAUGCCACCUUCAUUUGUUUUUGUUUUGCUUUAUUAUUUGAAGCUGAGAGAAUAAAACAAGUUCAACAGUACAGACGUGAGCAUUACAGUCCCCUUUCCUCACUUGCUGAACCCUUCUUUCUGACUUUUUCCCCUCUCGACCAUUACUUGGUGAUUCUGUCAUGGGGAUCGGUCUGGUGAAAUCUUGUGUUUAAAAAGAGAAUGAAAACUUUUAAAAAGUAAGUCCAACUCGACAUAAUCUCCUUCUACAAAUGUACAAGCACUUAAUGUUGAGCGCAGACUUCUGGGGAAGGAAAACUUCCAUCAUCUUCGUUUUAAAUAAAACUACAAUUACAGUCGG